AUGAGCUCUGCAUAUACCAAAGCAUCUAAUGACACGGAGUCUACGAAGAAAGAGAUAAAUCUCAGUGAUCUACGCAAAGUGAUUCCAAGUCAUUGCUUUUGCCCAUCCUAUGUCAAAUCUCUAAGCUACUUGCUGAGAGAUAUCAUUGGUGUUGUUUUUCUAAUAGCUAUCUCUACGCACUAUCAUGGUUUAUAUAUGGUUUCAUUCAAGGCCUUUUCGGCACCGGAUUGUGGAUACUUGGUCAUGAAUGUGGCCAUGGUGCGUUCUUUCCAAAUCAGCGGCUCAACGACAUUCUCGGCUGGUGCCUUCACUCAAUGCUAUUUACACCAUAUUUUUCUUGGAAAACAACACAUCGCCGACACCAUAUGUACGCAAAUCAUAUGGAAAGAGACAAUCACUACGUUCCAUAUCGACAAGAUGCGUAUGCCGCCAAACUAG